CACUGCCGCUGCGGCAGUGCGCCCAAGAGCGGACUCCGAGACCCGUGAACCUCGGCAAACCUUCGCUCUCGACCACCCACCCACUCUUGGAACCAUGGCAGCAGUGGCGGCAGCCUCGGCGGAACUGCUCAUCAUCGGCUGGUACAUAUUCCGUGUCCUGCUGCAGGUGUUCCUGGAAUGCUGCAUUUACUGGGUAGGAUUCGCUUUUCGAAAUCCUCCAGGGACACAGCCCAUUGCGAGAAGUGUUCAGGUACUCCCUGCAGAAGCUGGCGUACACGGUGUCGCGGACCGGGCGGCAGGUGCUGGGGGAGCGCAGGCAGCGCGUCCCCAACUGAGGGCCCAGCUCCCAGCCCUGGGCGGCCGUGUCAUCAGGUGCUCCUGUGCAUCUCGACCAGCAUGGGAGCCAGCGCCGCGCAGGAAUGGGGGGUCCCCUGUGCUCCCUCGUCAGAGGAGCACUUGCCAAGGUCAGUGAAGGGCUGGUAGGCCCUCGGAGAAGCAGCACCGACAAUGACGACGAUUUGAGAUCCCUUCCCAGCCCCUUUGCACCGGUCCCACAGCCGGCGGGUGGGAGAGGAGGGGGGUGAGGGGAGCAGACCCUCGAGAUCUGGGUGUAGGCACCGCAUUCUGAUCUGGACCAAGUCGGACAGCACCAUCCAGCCCGCAAGCCAAGGCCAUGCCAGCAGACCCCACCACGGAGGUCCAAACACCACACCAGCCAGCAGAAUGGACAUUCUGACAUCACCAGCUGAAGCCCUGAAUCUCGGUGCAGCAGAGAAGGCGCCAACUGCGUGCAUCUGGCGGGACGGGAGGGCAUGAGGGAGGGAGGAGGGUUAAGAAACGGAGUGGGGCCCUCUUACUGUCCCUUGCCUAUGACACGCACAUUCCUGCCUUGCUCCCCCAUCCCCUUUUUCUCCUGCCUCCCAAGCCCCCUCCCCAAAAUGUGUCACCUGAUUCGGAUCUGUUCAACCAGUAAAUGAAUCCCACCUUUGCCAAAACAUCUUCUCCGAGCCCCCUGCCCCUCACUGAUCUUGCUUUUCCCUGGUCUCACGCUGUUGUGGUAAUAUUGUGGUAAUCGCUAAUUGUGCUGAUUGUUUAAGUGUGCAUUAGUUGUGUCUCCCCAGCUAGAUUGUAAGCUCCUGGAGGACAGGGACCACCUCUACAAAAAAUAAAAAAAAGUACCUCCCCCGGCUCGCACAGUGUCCUAGGACCCUGCGGGGUGGUGGAGGCGCACCAAAAA